GUCCCUAUGAUAAUUCAUUUACUCAUUGGCAGCCGCCUAGAAAAGACUCAGAAUAAUUGAGUCAAGUGUAAAACAAUUCACUUUUUACACUAUUCACAUUCAAAGUGUCACGAGAACUACGCAGAUUUUACGAGCUUCCCCGGUGCCUAAACUCAAAUAAUCUCCGACAUAACAUAUUCGUGGAAACUAAUAUCAUGGCUGAAUAUUACGACCAAAUAAUUCAGAACACAACGCUGGGUCUCGAUUUGAAUGAGACGAAUAGCUGUCCCAGGCGCAACUACAUCCCGACAGUUACCGAGUACAGUAAUGCCCUGGGAGCGUAUGGAAUUGUUUUCCUCACGAUUGGGUCGGUGGCCACGGUGCUGCUCUACGGGCUCUGCAUCCACCAAGCUUGGUUUACUUACCUCCACGCACACAAGGUCUUCAGGAGGCACAUCUACUGGCUCAUUUCCAUAUACCCGAUGGUCACACUGAUGAGCACACUUGCGUUGAUCGUGCCGAGAUCCCACCACAUUUGCAGUGGGGUUAAAAUCACUUACAUGUGCGUCGGGAUUGGGCACUUCGCGGACCUGACAAUCCUGAUGUUCGGUGGCGAAAAUAAGAUGUUGGAGGCCGUCGAGAAUCGGAAGCUUGACCUAAGCGUGCUGCCCUUGUGCUGCUGCUUGCCUUGCUUACCUAAGCCCGUCAUUUCCAGGAUGCGGUUGCGGGUCCUGAAAUGGAUGAUCUGGCAGAUGAAGUUCACACAAGCAAUAUAUUACUUCUUCAACGUCUAUGCUCGCUUCAGUUUGCAGGACUCUUCUGGAAUAGUUAGCAGCAACACGACCGCACUCGUGCUGACGGUGCUGAACUUCGUGAGUUUCCUGAGCGGAGUGUACGCGCUGAACAUCAUGGAGCGACUCGUUCGACAAGUCCUGCCAGAGCCUGGUCGCUACAGGGUCAAAAGUUUGUUGUUGAAAAUCCUUAUCGUCACCACCAAACUGCAAUCGUUCAUCUUCAACCAGAUUGGGAACUUCGGGGGGUUUCCUUGCCUUGGUGAAUUCAUCACUCCGGUGGUGUACGAAAACACAUUGGAGAACUCGUUACUCAUAGUUGAGAUGCUGGUAUUUGGCUUCUUCUCGUACCUCAUGUACUCGAAGCCCGAGUUCGAAGAGUACAAAGGAGAACAAAAGUUUCAAGACCAUAACUGCACUCGCUGUUUUAAUGUAACUGAAAAUUCUGCAAACACUGGCCAGUCUCAGGCACAAGGAGCCUCAGCAGCCUCAUCCCUGUCUGCUACAGGGCCGUCCCUUGCCGUGACCAGAGCAGCUGAACAGGACGGCGCGUCUGGCGGCAACAGCGGGGCAGAAGCGACAUCCGGAAGAAUACUUGGUCAACCAGAGAGCUUGGUUUAAGAUAUCAUGCAUGUAUGACAAAAUGUCAAAGUUGCUCAGUUAAUCACACAUGUACAAUCAAUCCAAUCAUGCGCUAGGUGCCUUUUUCAUCUCCGACUGUCCUUUCCAUUUAUCCUUCCUCUUCCUGGCCACUCUAGGCCAUAUUUUGUUAUUUUCCACACUCUGCUAGUGGCGCCGCAAACCAAAUAAUCUCAAUUUAUGUUGAUAAUAGUUGAUGCUUAAAUGAAUGCAGGGAAAUGCGUGUCAUGCACUCGCAGUCCUCUCGGAAACUCGUUAGCAUUACAUUCCAACAACUUCAAACUUUUCCAAGAAUAUAAAAUCAAAUAAAAUAGCCAAAAAUUCACCAUUUCUUCAAAAAGAGAAAACCAUUUGGAGUCCAGCUCCAUCAUCGGUUUAAAAUCGUUGAACACAAGUGCAAUCAUCUGUACAAUCGAUUGGACAAUCGAUUGACUGUACUACCAAAACUAAUUUAUUCUAUAUAGCGAAUAUUGCUAUUUAAGCAUACAAGUGAUUAUAAUACUCCAAAUUUUUUGCUUUAAAAUGUUACGAUGUAAAUUAUACGUCCUUAUUUACGUAUAAAGGACGCACAAUUCAAACUUUUUUAUCAAGUGUCCCUCAUUUAGACGAAUUCAAAUAAUUUACUUGCCAAAAACAUUUUACCCACGAUUAGAUUUUUACUAAUAAUUAUUGAAAAUAUUCGUAAUUGGGAUGGAAAAUUAGGAUUCGACUUUCAACUCGUGCCCUAAGCGUUAUUAAACAGAGCUUUCUCGCUUUAAUUUUAAAUUUAUUACAUCAGUUAGCCUUCUACUUCACUGAUAAAUCAUUUUGUAAGGUUCAGCAUCAUUUAUUGUACAUUGCUUCACCAUCAAGUUGAGAAUCUCCCAAUAGCGUCCAUAAAUAGGUAUAUUACUCCACUGCCACGUUAGCUUAUUUGAUACUUUUUGUACAAAAUUUUCUCACUAAUAGGCACUAAGGAAAAUAUUUCCGCCUUGGUAAUUUUCUAAGGAAUUUAGGCGCUAUUUUAUUUGAACAUUCCUCUUUGUUCCUAAUUCCUGCUAUCUGGCAUGAAUGUAAAUCAGAAUUUAUGAUAAACAUUCUUAUUAAUAUUUAAUAUUGUUCGAAAAUUGUCCUAGUUCUCGCACGUAUCGACUGCGGAGAUGUCUGGUUAGGUUCAGUUUUAAUUUUUAAUAUAGUAAUUAAGUUGGCUUGCUCAAAUGACCUGUGUCUUAAUUAAUUCAAUUAGGUCAAAUCUAUUGAGUUUGUAAUUUUACAUACGUGUCUGAAUGUCUUAAAUCAAUUCGGUAUUUAUUGUGAAGAUUUCUUGUCUGUGUCGUUCUAAACAUGAUUUAAUAUAUAUUCCUAAAAUGA